CAAUCCCCUCGGACCGUGUCGGAGGAGAAAUCAAUCAGCAGAGCACACAAAUGACCAACUCAGAGGAACGGAAAAGCAAUAAUUAGCAACGUAAUUAGUAGCAAGUCCGAUAUUCUUCCAAAACUUAAGGUGAAAAUUGCGCAUCGCCAUGUUUUCCGAAGCAUAUGACACCGAUGAGCUGGACACCAUCGCCGAUGUCAUGGGACUCCGCUCACAGGCUCGACUAAACACAUUUCGCGAAAUGUGGUACCACUUAUUUCUGUGGGCCCUCUUCUCAUCCAUUUUUAUCCACACCUGUGCCGCCCUCGUGGCGUUUGUCACGCUUCGAAAGCAUAAAUUCGGUCGAUUCUUCUCCAUACUAAUUCUGGUCAUGGGAUUCUUGUCCCCGGCUUCUAGUGGGAUCAUUAGCAGUGCGGUAAUUGCAUUUGUGCAUCGCGCUUCCAGCCUGCCCAUGUCGCCUAUUUAUGCAAUGGUCUGGGGUCUUGGACAGACUAUAAUCUCGGCGUGCCUGGGCUUCACCCGAAUCUUGGCCACGCUCUAGAUUAUGGUCUGAAAUUUCAUUAUAGAACGUUCGUCGCUUGCUAUUUUUUUUU